AUGCUCCAGGACUUGCCGCUCGAUAUAUGGCAAGGAGUCGUGCUAUACCUUUCUGUGGCUGAUGUGUGCAAUCUAAGGGCUACUAGCUCAGGCUUUCAAGAAAAACUACGCCAUGAACUGGUUUGGAAGGUUCUUUACGACACAUAUUGCAAAACGAUUAAAAACGGCUAUCGUCUCGAAAGUGAACGGCGCUUGAGUUAUUACCAUGAAGUCAUGGAAAUCGAGAGGAAACGACGGCAGAUUGAGGAAGAUAUAGCAAAGUACAACUGUUCGGCAUCCCAGGACCCACACCUACAAUUCCAACGAUUUCGAACCAUCGUCAAGAAGCAUACUUUAAACGAAAACAACCUUGUGCCGCUCUUGCUACUCCACGAAAGCAGUCCCCGGCCCAUGUGGGACCUUGAAUCGACAUCGUCCUUGCAAAAACAAGCGUUGGUAACGAAUUUGAUUUUGGGAUGCUCGUUUGGGCUCGGACUCCGACGGUUUCUCAAGAACGCAGACCGCUCCGAUUCGACCAAUAUAGACGAUUUCGAACGUUUUGUGAGCGAUAUGUGCUUGUUUGAUCGUUCUUUUCAUCUUAUGGUGGGAGCACGAGAACGCAAGCUACUGCAAAUUCAACACCAACUUUACACAAAGUUCUAUGCCCACAUCGAAGACAUGGGAUUUCCUGGAAUUACCAUUUCCCACGAAGAGCUGUCGCAGGUACUCAUAAUGAGAGACGAAUUGGCUCUACAAAGGUAUUUGAACAGCAUAGUGGAGACAAUUCUUGACAAUUUUCAUAUGGACGCUACAGGUUUAGAACCGUACGAUAGAGUGCGUUACCUAAAUGAGUCUUUUUUGGAAGACUACUGCUUGACCAGAAUAUACGCUGGUAUGAACAAGGCUCAUCCUGACGUUAUGAGUACUGUGGUAGGGAAGGUGGUUCUCGACUUCACUUCGUCUAUCCAAAUCAAGGUCACUGGCAAACCAGCACUAGGUCCUCGUUUGCGUGUGGAAAUCCGCAAGGGCCAAUUGAUGGUGGGACUGUUCAUCUUUAUCAUUCGAAACUCCGCUGAAGACUUGACACGAGACUACAUUUUCCAUUCGUACAAACUCAACGAGUAUCUUCUGACGCUACGAAGUUUUGUCAACAACCCACGCCAGGAUGUGAUGCACUACCUUGAACCCACGAACAUUGAUAAGCUCAUUCGAAUGGCUUUGGGUCUAAAACUCUAUGGCACCUACAAUUCGCUUUCCAUGCUUUCGUCGUUCAAGGGCCGUUCACGGUGGUAUCCCAUACGCUACACCGAAUACGAUUUCACCACUUCUGUGUGCCAAAUGUUCCUUAGUGCCAAACGUGGCUACUGGAACGUUUAUGAUUUCGAUAAACCGAAUUUAGAAGCGCAGUUGGCCAACUUUAAUCAUUCUGCUUUUGUUCCGGUAAUAAUGAAUAUCGCCAAUCCCCGGAACGGAAACAAAUGUUUCCACGAUUUGUAUGAGGAACUCAAGUGGCAGAGCAACUACCAAGAGUACGAGGCUGGUCUGUACCACAUAUUACCCAAAAACACAGUUAUGAAGAACACGACUCUCACAUUAAACCAGUCGACCAUGAAGUUCCAAGUGGGCCAUUUGGUGGUGGACACUCGCACAAACAGCAAAGGAGUAAUUAUCGGGUUUCGAAAAGCAUUUUUUCUGCAAACAAAAGAUUUUUGUGUGGUUUAUACUCUGAGAAGAGAAAUCGAAGUUUACAAUUGUGACGACGUGGUGUUAAUUCCAUCCAAGCAGGCUAUGGAUGAUUUUAUCAAGGAAGCAGGAUGCGAGGAGCUCGUUCUCCAGUUUUUUAGCCAUGUUUCUGACACGAAUUCAGCUCGACUUGUUCCAAACUGUUUCCACACUCUCCAGUGA